AGUUGCCACUAACCAUGGCGACUGCUUCUUCUUCUCUUUUCCUUAUCUUCUUUGGUUUCCUCUUUCCACUCUUGUUCAUCUCCGAAGCCACUGUUCCUCCCUCUGACACUUUCCGAUAUGUCAACACCGGCGAUUUUGGAGAUUCCGUAGAGUACCACACCGAAUACGACCCAACCUACCGUGCUCUUCCUCCGUUCACUUCCCCUUUUGUGCUGUGUUUCUACAACACCACCCCCAAUGCCUACACUCUCAGUCUACGCAUGGGUACACGACGUGAUAGAUCCCGCAGGCGCUGGGUCUGGGAAGCCAAUCGGGGAAAUCCGGUUCGCGAAAACGCGACUUUCUCCUUCGGUUCCGAUGGAAACCUGGUCUUGGCCGAUGCAGACGGCCGGAUUGUAUGGCAGACCAACACCGCCAAUAAAGGUGUGGUUGGGUUCGCCAUACUCACAAAUGGCAACAUCGUGCUUCGUGACGCUAACGGUAACUUCAUCUGGCAAAGCUUUGAUUCCCCAACCGAUACCAUCUUGUUCGGCCAGAGUCUUCGGAUCGGAGGUCCAAAUAAGCUUGUGAGCAGGGCUUCCACGACGGAAAACGUUAACGGGGUGUAUAGUUUCGUAUUAGAGCCUAAAAGAUUGGCUUUGUAUUACAAGGCCAUGCGUUACUGGUCUUCCUCUUUUACCGCAUACUUCGGCGAAGUGAACAAGGCCAACGGAAAUUUGGUUAAUGCAACGUUAGAAAUUGGGGAAUCUGAAUAUGUUGAUAGCAACUUUAACGCACUCCGGUGUCGUCUCUCCAACUCCGAUUCAGUACCUUUUCUACAUCUCGGCAUACUCAGUUACAACAGCACGUUAUCAUAUCUCCGGUUGGGAAUCGAUGGGAACCUAAGACUGUAUAGUUAUCGUCGAAAUGCCGUAACAAGCGCGUGGAGCCUGUUAUUCACUUUGUUCGAUAGAGGGGUGAGUGAGAGGGGGGAGGAAAUCGAAGCGGACUGCCAAUUGCCCGAUCGGUGUGGGAAGUUUGGGCUUUGCGAGGACAGCCAAUGCGUUGGGUGCCCAUCGCCGAGCGGGGUUUUUGCAUGGAGCAAAGAUUGUGUUGCGAAGUUGCCGGGUUGUGAGGCGAGUGGUUUUCGAUACUACGAGCUCAAAGGGGUGGACCAUUUCACGGUGAAAUACAGUUCAGGGACGGGUCCGGUGAAUCGGAAGGAUUGCGAGAGCAAAUGCACGAAGGAUUGCAAGUGUUUGGGGUAUUUCUAUCACACAGAUCGAUCGAGGUGCUGGAUUGCUGAUGAGCUGAAAACGUUGACGAGAGUUGGGAACUCGACUCACAUGGCGUACAUCAAAACGCCUAUUCGUUAAAUUUGAUGAACAGGUCUAGAGUGGCAAAUAAAAACUCGUUGUGCAAGAAAUUGGAAAGAAUAUGAUCCGAUAUUUCUUAAUCUUUGUGUUAUUAUGUGGAUUCUUCACUUUGGUUAGAGGAGUUUUCUAAAUAUCAUAAGAAUUUAUAACACGACACGAGUAAUCAUGCAAUGCAACGAGAUAAAUCUCGAUUUUAAUUUUUUUUU